AUGAAGAACGUUUACCUCGAAAUGGCAGGUGUAGGAAGAAAUUGGGGGUCAGAUAAACAGAUCUUUCUCAAUAUUCUGGGAUCUCGAAACUCCAAGCAAUUGGUCGCCACCCUUCGGGCCUACGAACGAAUUUCGGGACAUCCUUUAAUUGCAGCCAUUCAGUCAGAAUUCAGUGGAGAAUUGAAAGAAGCUCUCGUAUCGAUCGUUCUUUGUGUGGUGAAUCGUCCUUUGUUCUUUGCCAUUCAACUCUUUCGUUGUAUGAGGGGAGCGGGUACUGACGACCCCACGUUAAUCAGGGUACUAAUUACAAGAUCAGAAAUUGAUUUGGAAAAUAUCAAGAAAGUCUUUCAACAAAAAUACCACAAAGAACUGAAAGAUGCCAUAAUAGAUGACACGAGCGGCGACUAUCAGAAAAUCCUCCUGAAGAUACUCGACCCCUGAAUUACUUGCAUGUGAAGAAAACAGAAAUUAGAACACUAGCUGUGCACAUUAGCGAGGAAACGUUUCACGCUCUAACCUUAGACGAGGAAAAGCACUACUCGAAAUGUGCACCGUACCAUAACGGAU